AGGAGCUGGACUCUGUUCCCAAGGUGAUGGAACCAGGAAAUGGCACCUACCAAAUAAAGCAUUACCUUAACAGUAGUCAGGCAGACAGGGAGGUGAGAGAAAAAUAGUUUGUCUGCCAUUGCUGUUGCCUGUCGCCGUGUCAGUGAGAAGUAACCACAGAUAAAAUAUCAGGAAGACAUCAUGAAGGUGGACGACAAGUUUCAAAUUCUCAAAUUCUUCGCAGCAGUUUUCAACUCUGUUUUCUUGAUUCUGGGGCUCUGUAUCUUUGGAUGUGCGGUGUGGAUCUUGUUUGACAAAGACAAUUUCAUUGCUGUUCUCAGCUCUGUUGAGGUGAAGACUGUAGCUGGGGGACUGUUCAUAAUUGGUCUAGUGGUGGUUGGUGUCACUAUCCUGGGGUGUAUGGGAGCCCAACUGGAGAACAGGUGCUUCCUACUACUGUACAUGGGCUUCCUGAUCUGCAUCGUCCUUGGUCAGCUGUUUGUCAUCUUCAUCAUUUUGUUAAAUCAUGGAAAGAUCACAUCUAAGAUGAACAUAGAAGUGGAUAAGAUCAUCACUGAAUAUGGAACAAACCCUGACAAUCAACGACAUUGGAAGCUUCUGGAUAAUGUACAGCGCUAUGGGCACUGCUGUGGUAUGCAGAGUCCUAAUGACUGGCAGAGCAACAUGUUCAUUAAGAACAACAGUCUGAUAGAGGUGUAUCCCUGUUCCUGUUUCAACACCACGGACUGUCCUGCCAUCUCAGGAUUCAGCACACUGCUGUUUGGAAAUGGAAGUGAAACACAGAUCCAUCCACAGAGAUGUGUAGACAUAAUCACCAACUGGUUGAAGGAGAACACUUUGACAAUAGUGGGAAUGGAAGUGGGCCUGCUAAUCAGUCAGGUCCUCCAGUUUAUUGUGGCUGUGUAUCUGUACCAGACUGUUGGUCAGAAAGUCAAGCUGAGAAAUGUUAGUCAACUGAUUCUCUCUGAGGAACAUUGUGAACCAAACCCUGACUACCUUGAUGACCCUGACUACCCUGACCAAAACCGUACCUAUCCUGAACCAAACCAGGCCUACGCACAUACAAACCUUGCCUACCCUGAAGAAAUCCUUGCCUACCCUGAUGACCAACACCCGGCCUACUCCGGACCAAACCAUUCCUACCACCGCUAACCAGGACCAGAGUGUUUCUGUAUGACUGAAGACACUUUGGGCGCUAACAUUGAAUUGCUCAGUGGAGGCUGGUGAGAGGAGAUAUAGGAGGAUAGGCUCAUUGUAAUGGCUGGAAAGGAAUGAUUGGAACGGAGUCAAACGUGUUUUCCAUGUGUUUGAUACCAUUCCAUCAAUUCCAUUCCAGCCAUAACAAUGAGCCCGUCCUCCUGUAGCUCCUCCCACCAGCCGCCACUGGAAUUGCUCAAAUUCUAAAAGCUCAGUUCAGCGCUUUCAGCCACACAGGCCUUCUAUUAAAGAUGGUUUUCUGCUGACAAUGAGAACAAUCUUUUUCCAUUGUUUUCCAUAGUUUUUUACUGUUUAUGGCUUAAUGAUCCGAUCAGCCCUAACUGGUCAGCCUCACCUUGUGUGAAUAGUUGUGUACAGUACUGGUCAACCUCACCUUGUGUGAAUAGUUGUGUACUGUACUGGUCAACCUCACCUUGUGUGAAUAGUUGUGUACAGUACUGGUCAGCCUCACCUUGUGUGAAUAGUUGUGUACAGUACUGGUCAGCCUCACCUUGUAUGAAUAGUUGUGUACAGUACUGGUCAACCUCACCUUGUGUGAAUAGUUGUGUACAGUACUGGUCAACCUCACCUUGUGUGAAUAGUUGUGUACAGUACUGGUCAACCUCACCUUGUGUGAAUAGUUGUGUACUGUACUGGUCAGCCUGAACAGUUACUUGGAAAUGUAGACAUAAAGAAAGGAACCACCAUUUUGAAACUGCAAGCCGACUCCACCGUUGACUAAUACAAACAACUUUUGAACCCCUUUUUAUUUCACAAGACAGUUGUUAUGUCUGCAGACGAACAGCGCUAAGAGCGCCGCCUCGAGGUGUUUCAGUGAGUUUCACAGUGCCAUCAUUGACUGAUGCCUGACAUUGGUGAUAAGUGAUUGACUGUCUGUAAAUUACACAUUCAAAUCUUCAAAAUGGGAUUUCUUGAUUCUUCAAAAUGGCACCCUCUUCUGGUUAUCUUGAGUGACACAGGUGGGUUUUAUACAUACAGAGUAGCAUUCUGUUUGUGAGAUGUGGCGUAAGUGAUGUUAUGGGUAUAGGCCUAUGAAAUGCUUUGAUUAAGCUCCAUUAUGUGUCUUUCAUAUUUGAGUGAAACCAUAUCUAUUAAGGCAUUAGGGAAGACAGGUCAGAUGUUAGGUUGGGACUAGUGAGGGUACAGGUAGAGGAAGACAGG